AUGUCUAAUCCGAACGAACCCAAGGUCGACUCGACGACCAACUUCCCGAAGAACAAUUCCAACACUCCCGGCGAGCAGUUCGAGCCACGUCAGACUUCUACAAGCGAAGACUACAAGCCCGACCCAUCUAAGUCAAUCCCACUUGAUGGUCCUCGACAGAGAUUGAUCGACGACAUUAUUGCGCUCUAUUCCUGCCAGCCGACUGUUGAACGCGUCAAGCGCUACACUGCUGAUUGCGUCUAUGACGACCAAUUCGUUUACGCGAACGAUAGAUACAAGAUGGCGGGCCAGUGGUUUGCCCUGCCUAAGUUGUUCAAGGAUUCUAAGAACGAGGGCUACGAAAUCAUCAAGAAUGAUCGGGAUCUGAUACAGUUCAAGAAUGAACAGAGCUGGACAUUCAAGGUCAUUCCAAAGACUGCUACUAUCAAUGCCCUCGUCAGUCUCAGCCUUGACCCGGGCACUGUCGACAGCGAUUUCAUUCAAGUGAAGUAUCACAAAGAUCAGGCCAACGACAAGGAUUAUUCCCACGAAGGCGUUGGCUUUAGUUUCAAGAAGUGGCAAGCCGACAAUGUGGCAAAGAACAUGGAUGCACCAGAGGUCCAGCAGUUCGCUGCCGACAAAAAUGCAGCGAAGGAAUCUGUAAGGCAAUACGGCAGCGGCACCGGUGACGCUCCGCAGAAGGACUUUUGA